AUGGCACAUCGAGUCACAGGCAUUCAAUCUUGUUCAGAGCUUCGUUUCACUGUUGUUAAUUCUUACAUAUCAACGAAUCCAUUUGCAGAAGAAUGUACCCGAUAUGAUACAUUUCGUAAUGAGAUUACAGCCGAUUUGGAAUUUGCUAUGCAUAAGACAUGGCGUGCAAACGCCCAAAUGCUUGAUCUAGCCGUCGGUGGUCAUCCAUGGCCAACACGCAAGCAAAUAGUCGAUCGUCUCACAAUGGCUAUUAAUGAAUUGGCCGAGUGUCGCGACCUACUUCUAGGCAUCAAGUCUGAUCGAUUGGGUUAUUAUGACGAAAAGAAACAGAAUAUGGGCAACUAUGAUAUGCCUCCAUCCAAAGUCAAUAAAAAUGAUGAAUCAAAUCAUUCCUAA